AUGGCGAUGAAGCGGAUUCUCUGGAUGGUUCCCAUAUACAGCUUAGACAGCGUGAGUAACAAACACGAAUCCCGAGACACUGCUGCUUAUUGUCAGGAGAACAAUGUCCUACAGCUGCGUUUGUGUGUCUUGCAGUGGAUCGCAUUAAAAUACCCCAAGAUCGCCAUCUACGUGGACACGGUUCUGUUGUUCAGAUGUAAGCUUGGAGUUCUGCAGUACACAGCAGUGAGACCUGUAACCACCAUCAUCGCACUUGUGUGUCAGCUGUGUGGAGUUUAUGAUGAAGGUAAUUUCAGCUUCAGAAACGCCUGGACGUACCUCGUUAUCGUCAACAACGCCUCACAGCUGUUUGCGAUGUACUGCCUGCUGCUGUUCUACCGAACGCUGAGAGAAGAGCUGAAGCCUCUGAGACCCGUCGGCAAGCUGCUCUGCGUCAAACUCGUCGUCUUCGUGUCCUUCUGGCAGGCUGUGCUGAUCGCUCUGCUGGUGAAGGUCGGAGUGAUUUCAGACAAACACACUUGGGAGUGGGACAGCGUGGAAGCCGUAGCCACGGGACUACAGGACUUCAUCAUCUGUCUGGAGAUGUUUCUGGCAGCGAUCGCUCAUCACUACAGUUUCAGCAGUCGUCCGUAUGUUCAUGAGGAUGAUGAAGGCUCAUGCUUCGACUCGCUCCUCGCCAUGCUGGACGUCUCAGACAUACGUGCAGACAUCGCAGAGCAAGUGCGCAACGCCGGCCGUACGGUGUUUGGUCGUCCCCGUAAGCUGUUCUUCGGCUCUGAAGUGGAUGUUGUUCAGGGUGAACACACCGGUCUCCUCGCUGGGACGUCCCACGAGCGCCACUCAGUCCCCGCCUCCCCGCAGGGGCGGUACCAGGGGCUGGGCUACACGGACACGCCCCACUCAGUCUCCGCCCCCGCCGGCUUCACAUCCUCCUCCUGGGAGAGUGACAGCGACUCGGGGCCUGCGGUGGCCAAUCAGAGCACAGGAACAGAGUCCUAGCAAACGGUGCGGUGAGGCUACGGGAUAAUAAAGACACUCAGACGUACAGUGAAGACCUGUUCACAUCUGGAUAAUGCAAACAGAAAUUAUUCAAAUGAAUCUCCAUUUCAGUCUCCAUGAAAGCUUUACCUGAAUUGAAGUA